UUGAUUUUUUGCAGAGCAUAUAUAAGAAGCGAUGACUGAAAAUAGAAAUUUUUGUGUGUUUGUGAAUAGGAGGAGAACAGUUGAUUUUUGCUUUGGAUGCAAAAAUGAACAUGUAAUUUAGCGGCCAUUACUUAUCGGGGAAACAAGUUCAUCAAGAGAUCUCAGAGUGAUGGAAUCACAGUCGCUGGAAUAUGACUCGUCCAGCGAUCUUGAUGGGUUGGAAUAUGACUUGUCCAGCUACCAUCUUAUCGCCUCCAAUGGUGACUACCGGCGUAUUUCUGGCAUGAAUUUGAAUGAAUUGUGGGGUGUAUUCUGGAUUGAGACAGUAAAGCUAUGGGAGAUUGGAGGCCCAAUUGCUUUGAAUAUCAUGUGUCAAUAUGGACUUUAUGCUAUCACUGUUGUUUUCUGUGGUCAUCUUGGACCAACACAACUCGCUGCUGUUACCCUUGCUCAAACUGUCAUUGCUACUUUCUGUUACGGCUUCAUGAUGGGCAUGGGUAGUGCUUUGGAGACGCUCUGUGGGCAGGCAUUUGGAGCUGGGAAAGUACACAUGCUUGGAAUUUAUACACAACGCUCAAUCAUAAUUUUAUUGCUGAGUACCUUCCUUCUCUUACCAAUCUAUGUUUUCGCCACUCCUAUACUUAAGUUCCUAGGCCAAGAUCAUGAUAUUGCUGUUGUUGCUGGAAAGUUCACCAUGUUAAUCAUACCUGAAUUAUAUUCCCUGUCUAUCACUAUUCCCACUUCAAAAUUUCUUCAAGCUCAGAGUAAAGUUGGCGUGCUGGCCUGGAUUGGUUUUGUGGCUCUCCUGCUCCAUGCUCUUCUCCUUUGGCUCUUCAUUUAUGUAUUCAAUUGGGGUUUAACUGGGGCAGCUAUGUCCCUUAAUCUUGUAUGCUGGAUCAACGCGCUAGCUCAAUUUGCUUACGUUGUUUUUCGGUGCAAGGACGGGUGGAAAGGAUGGUCUUGGUCUGCAUUCAAUGACAUGUGGCCCUUUGUUAAGCUGUCAAUUCAGUCGGCUCUUAUGCUAUCCCUAGAAAUUUGGUUUCCAAUGAGUAUUGUUCUCGUCGCCGGAUAUCUCAAAGAUCCUGUCACUGCUGUGGGAUCCCUCUCUAUUUGUUCAACUCUUAGUGAAUGGCAAGAAAUGUUUUUUGUCGGAAUCAACGCUGCCAUAAGUGUUCGGGUCUCAAAUGAGCUUGGGCUAGGACAUGCCAGGGCGACCAAAUAUAGUGUCUAUGUCACACUAUUUCAGUCACUUCUCAUUGGGAUUCUCUGCAUGAUUGUAGUAUUGGGAGUAAGAAAUCAUCUUGCCAUUCUUUUCACCGACAACGAGGUUUUGAUCAAAUCUGUUUCUGAGCUUGCUCAGUUUCUUGGAGUAGCAAUGCUACUCAGCAGUGUUCAUCCUGUGAUAUCAGGUGUUGCUAUUGGAUGUGGGUUGCAAGGUCUAGUGGCUUAUAUCAAUUUGGGUUCUUUCUACGCUUUUGCUAUUCCUCUCGGAUAUGUUCUUGGUUAUGUGGCUAACUUAGGAGUCAUGGGACUAUGGGGAGGAAUGAUAGCUGGACUUGCUUUGCAAACACUGCUACUCUCAUUUGUACUCUAUAGAAUUGAUUGGAAUAAAGAGGUUGAGCAGACGACAGAACGGAUGCGGAUAUGGGGAGAUCAAGACUCAGAAAUGGAGAAAAUUAAACUCUAAAUGGCUAUAGAACUACGAUCGAUGCAUAACAGUUAACACAACAUAACUUGACUUAAAUAUGAAGUCAUCAAUCGACAAUUUUGUUACUUCUAUAUAGAACCCUCAACCCGGUGAUGUGGCGCUACCACAAGCGAGGAUUCCCUUUUUAUUUAUUUAGUCCCACCAAAAUUUGAAGUGAUUUUUGUCGGAAUUCCUUUUUUUUUACCUUUAAGUUAUUGCCUAUGCUUUCACCAAGUUUUUCGUAGUUAGUGUACUUGCGAAUUCAAAAACUAAAAUAUAUAGUGGAAAGAACAUCUACUCAAAUCAAUGUUUCCUUCUUAUUUGUACAGAACCGUAUACGUUUUGAA